UGCAACGCUAUCGUUAUCGCCCGUGACCGACGCACAUGAUCACAUAAAUUCCUUAAUUCAUGAGUUACAUUUUCACACGAAAUACUUUAGGAUAACUGAAGAUAUUUUGGAGCUGAGAUUUUAGAGACUAAAUGGCGUUAUCGAGGGUUUGGAUGUCCUUAUUCUUGAUCGUGUUUACUUUAACUGGAUCGAUCUGUGAAGAAGAAUCGGAAUCUAAAGAGUUCGUUGUGACGUUAGACCACUCCAAUUUCACUGAUUUCGUAGCUAAACAUAAGUUCAUCGUCGUUGAAUUUUACGCACCCUGGUGUGGUCACUGCAAGAAACUCGCUCCUGAGUAUGAGAAAGCUGCGGCUAUUUUGAGCAAUAAUGAUCCUCCAGUUGUGUUAGCCAAAGUUGAUUCCAAUGAGGAGAAAAAUAAACCUCUUGCCAGUGAGUAUGAAAUUCAAGGUUUUCCCACCCUUAAAAUUUUGAGAUAUGGAGGCAGUGUUGUUCAAGACUAUAAAGGACCUCGUGAGGCCGACGGCAUUGUAACUUAUUUGAAAAAACAAAGUGGCCCUGCGUCCAAUGAAAUUAAAUCCCCUGAAGAUGCUACUUCUGUGAUCGACGAUAAUAAGAUACUUGUGGUUGGAAUAUUCCCUGAAUUUUCUGGGGAGCAGUUUGACAACUUCACUACUUUGGCUGAGAGAUUGCGUGCUGACUAUGAGUUUGGUCAUACUUUGGAUGCUAAGCUCCUUCCUCGUGGGGAUGCAUCAGUAGCUGGACCAAUUGUUAGGCUGUUCAAGCCUUUUGAUGAACCAUUUGUAGAUUUUAAGGACUUUGAUGUGGAUACUUUAGUGAAAUCUGUUGAAGAAACAAGUAUUCCUACUGUUACUAUCUUUAACAAUGACCCAAAGAACCAUCCGUUUGUUAUCAAAUUCUUCAACAGCCCCAACUCCAAGGCAAUGUUAUUCCUGAACUUCAGCAGUGAGCAUUAUGAUGCUUUUCGAUCAAAAUAUCAUGAUGUUGCUGAGCAGUUCAAGGGCAAGGGCCUAAGUUUUCUUAUCGGUGAUGUCGAUGCUAGUCACGGUGCUUUCCAGUAUUUUGGGAUUAAGGACAAUCAGGUUCCUUUGAUAAUCAUACAAACAAAUGAUGGAAAGAAAUAUCUAAAGCCAAAUGUUGAGACUGAUCAGAUUGCAGCAUGGGUCAAGGACUUUACGGACGGUAAUGUGCAACCAUACAAAAAGUCAGAGCCCAUUCCUGAGGCCAACAACGAACCUGUUAAGGUGGUGGUUGCUGACAACUUGCAGGACAUGGUCUUCAACUCAGGGAAAAAUGUUCUAUUGGAGUUUUAUGCUCCGUGGUGUGGACACUGCAAAAAAUUAGCUCCAAUUUUGGAUGAAGUUGCCGUAUCAUUUGAAAGUGAUCCUGAUGUUAUCAUUGCUAAAAUUGAUGCUACUGCAAAUGAUAUCCCAAAUGAAACUUUUGACGUUAAAGGUUAUCCAACGUUAUAUUUCAAGACAGCAAGUGGAAACAUAUUGCCAUACGAAGGAAAUAGAACGAAGGAAGAUAUGAUUGAUUUUAUUCGGAAGAAUCGAGCUGUAGUUGCAGAACCAGAAUCCAGAAAGGAGGAGCUGUAAUUUAGGUGGAGCAUCGUUAUUUAGUCCUUUUGUGAAAACAAUCAGAUGAUUUUGGCAUCUCAAGAAAUUGAUAUAGGAACGCUUUGAGAUGAGAAUCUUAUCCUGCUGAUCAAAACCUCCUAACCUCUCUUUCUCCUUUACGGCAUUUCCCCACCGCUAGAAUACGAUGUACAAUAAAAGCAAGAAUCUCGUUCGGGAUGCAAAUGCUAGUUUCAGGUUUUAUAAAUUUCAUGGAUCAUGUGAUGACAGUCUUGUUAAUUUAAAUUAGAAACAAUAAUUUUCGUCCAAGAAUUUUCCGCACUUCAAUUUCAACAUUACACUGUGAUCAUGUGCUAGCAAACCAUUUUGUGGGUAAUACACCAUUGCUUGGAACAUAUACCUAUCAUUCUAUCACUGUUAAAUUAGGACAGGCAGUUCUUGAA